UCAGUCUCAUGGCAGGGAUAGGGAAGGCAAGGGUAAGGGAACCUGGAGGCAGAAGGAGAGAUCCUGUUCUGAGCUGUCCCGACCUGCCCUCUGCUGAUUCAGAAGUAAAUGAAACUGAAAGUGAAUUUGAGAAAGAGAAAGAAAGCGGGCUAGUGAGGCACCAGCCUCAGAGGGUCCUGGGGAAUGGUGGGAAGAGAAAUGCUGGCCCUGUACCUGCUCAGCGCUGGGUUGCUAUGGACCCCAGGCUGGCACGUGGUGGAGGCUGGCAUGAAGCUGGGCAAGGUUGGCCAGCUACCCUGCAUGUUGGAGGUGCCCCCAGAUCCCUCUAAGACCCAGGAUGGAGAGUCACACCUUCACUGGCAGCAUAUUCAGCUGGUGCUGAGUGGCUCUGAGAGCCAGACCCUGCCCCAUGGGAGCAACAGUGACACCUUCCUAUUGCAGGACAAGGCAGGGGUCCUUCUCCCUCAUGUGGAUGAAGAUGUGGAUAAGCUAGAGUGCAAAGUGAGCCGUUACUUCACCGCCAACACACAGAUCCUGUGGCCUGGCCUCCCUCGGCGCCAGGUCCAGCUGCCUACCUGGUAUAUUGUGACCAUCACCCACACAGAUGACGAGUUCAGAAUCUCCACCUUCUGCUUCCAGCCUGCUGAACCUUCCCAGGGCCCUGGGCCAGCACCCUUUACCGGAGUGUUCUCCCUGUACACGAAGGCCUCCCGAGUCCAGGUGAAGCUACAGGGGACGGUGCUCCUGGCCUGCGGAUUCACCGUGGACCAUGUGGCCAAGGCCAUGGAUGUGGCCUGGGUGCUCAGGCAGAAGGGGGGACGGCAUCGGGAGGUGCUGAAGUAUGAGGGGAAACGGCGCCAGGUCACCCACCUUCAGGAGCAGGCUAAGGCCUUCCCCAGCGAGAUCCCUAGAGGCAAUGCCUCCAUUCUGCUCACCAGCGUGGCGGUCAGGGACCAGGGCACCUAUUUCUGCUCCGUGGGCACGGCUGGGCUUCACUGGGAGCUCGGCAUUGAGGUGGUGGUUGUGGAGCCCCCCAAAGUGACACUCAGUCCCCAGACCCCAACUCUCAGCUUGGAGGAAGGGGAGGAGAAGAAGCUGGUGUGUGAGGUCAACCGCUACUUCCCGCUAGAAGCCCAUGUGCAGUGGCUGCGAGAGCCUGAGGAAGGCCGCAUGCUCCCCGAGUUAGUGAAGAAUGCCCUGUUCAGCAAUCACCGGCAGAGCAGCGAUGAAACCUACAGCUUCUCCAGCUACUUCCUCCUGAAGGUCUCCCUGCAAGAUGAUGGUGUGCGUUAUACCUGCCGGGUGGAACACGAGAGCCUGCACUUCCCCAUCAGGAAAAGCAUCACAAUCAGGGUGAAAGAAAGGUUUGAAAUUAAGUGGUGGUUUCUCCUGUUAAUCAUUGCAAUCCUGGUGGUUUUGCUUGUGCUUCUUUUGAGAACCCUGCACCAAGUGGAAAGUAGGAACAAGAGAAAGCCUUACUAGGAAUUCAAAGCAGAUGUCGGGAAAAGGAGAGAGAGGGCCCUGGAAGUCAGUGGCUGAGAGCCUUCUACUGCCAUAUAACAAACACAGUCUUAGAACUUGGGCAAUGCCAUAAAAAGACCCUGAAGAGACAUGGGUUCCAGCCCCAUCUCUGCUAUUACGUGACAAUAGGCAAGUUACUGGACAUUUGUGAGCCAAUCUCCUCAUUUAUAAAAUGAGGAUAAUAUGACCUAUGGUAUGAGCACCUCACCAGAUCGUUGUGAGGCACUGAGAUGAUAUAUGUAAAGCACUACAUAGGCUUGGCCAUUAUUUAGGGUCAUUGUUGGCAUUCAUUGAGCAAACUUUUAGUUACAGCCUAUAAGACUCCCUUCCCUCACCUUGCAAUCAUGUUCCCCUUGGGCCAGUUUCAGACCUUAUCUGCUCUGCCCUCUUGACCCUCAACAUUGUCAUCUGAGCUAUUCAUUUAACCUCAGGACCCUUGUCAUCCUCCCUGCUUCCACAGUCCCAGGAUUCCCAGGCCUUUCCAUCUGCCUAGGCAGGGGACCUUUAGGGGUUUCUAUUUGUACCCCCCAGUACUUGACACAAAGUAACUGCUUAACAAACACUUUAAUUCAUCUAGUCUUGCAAUCAUGGACAGAUAGGCCUUGUGAACAAAUCCACUCCAGCCCAUACAUGUGGUUGAUAGAGCCUCAUAUCGGUGUCAUGAAACCUUGAUAUGAUAUCGGUUAUUGGCUGCUCCCCUCUGAAGCCCACCUCCAGCCCAGUCAGUGUUCCCUGCCCACUUUGCUCAACUUGGCCCUGGUACCUGCCUCCCCCCAUCUUCUGGCUCCUCAGCCCACUCUGCACCCCAUGCCACUGAUUGCCAGUGCUUCUGCUCAUAAUGUCAUUUCUGUGGCACCAACUGCUCCUUUUAUGGUUGUGUCACCUCACGCUGUUGUUUGUCUAGACGGUCGUCUGUGAGUACCCCCAUGCUAGACUUUAUGCUCUGAGUCCCUUUUAGCUUUUGGUAACUGAAGAUUAAAGGAAGCGUGCUGUGUUGGUGUCCUAAAUUCAUAGAUAAUCCCCCCAUACAAAAUAGGCUACCUUCUCUCCCACCAAAGCCUCUUACAGCAUGGUACUUCCCUGCUGUAUAGGGGAACAGUAGUGAGAGCACAGCAGGGGCAGUUGAAAGACCUGCGUUCAAAUUCCACCUCAGAUAUGGACUCACUUUCUGAUCCUGAACAACUUGAUGAAUUUUUCAGCCUCAGUUUUCUCAUCUGUAAAAUGAGAAUAACAUUGGUAUUGUAAUACCUGCCUACCUCAUAGGGUUGUUGUGAGGAUAAAAUAAAAUGGGUAAAGUGUUUUGAAAACCCUCUAAACAGAUGUCAUCUAUAUUUGUACUGCUUGGGUUCCAGCCCAGCUACCUUCCCCACACCCAGAAGCCUCCUGGAGAUCAAGGAGGGUUGCUUUGCCCAGGGAAUAGGGUUUGGGGCAGCCAAGUAUGCUUUUGGACUAGAAAAUGCACCAGCUUCUGUCUAGAGGCAGGAAGCACCUUCUCCCCUUUCAACCUCUCAUUUGAGGGAAUAGGGAAGGGGCCCAGUUUGGGGAAUGCUCAGGCAAAGGCCUACUUUUGUAUCCCCAGAAUUUAGCCUAGUGCCUGGCACAUAGCAGAUGUUUAAUAAAUAUCGAUCGAUUGAUUAUUGAUUGGUUAGGAGUGGUACAAUUCUUCUUCCUACCUGGGGUAGCAUGU